UGCAGAUUGGGAGCUGUAUGCUGUGGAGAAAGAGCUACUUUUCACAAACAUGAGACUAGUAAUUCUUGAUGACUAUUCCCUGGCGAGCGAGUGGGCAGCGAAGUACAUAUGUAAUCGUAUCAUUCAGUUCAAUCCGGGACCAGAUAAAUAUUUCACUCUCGGAUUACCCACAGGUAGCACACCAUUGGGAUGUUACAAAAAACUUAUUGAAUACCACAAAAGUGGGGACUUAUCCUUUAAAUAUGUGAAGACUUUUAAUAUGGAUGAAUAUGUAGGUAUUGGGCCGGAUGGCCAUAUUGCCUUUAAUGAGCCUGGGUCCAGUCUACUAUCUAGGACAAGAUUAAAGACAUUGGCAAUGGACACUAUUUUGGCAAAUGCUAAAUAUUUUGAUGGAGAUCUUUCUAAGGUUCCGACGAUGGCCUUGACAGUUGGUGUGGGUACAGUGAUGGAUUCCAGAGAGGUGAUGAUCCUUAUUACAGGUGCACAUAAAGCUUUUGCCUUGUAUAAGGCUAUAGAAGAAGGUGUAAAUCACAUGUGGACAGUAUCCGCUUUCCAGCAGCAUCCUCGCACUAUAUUUGUUUGUGAUGAAGAUGCUACGUUAGAACUUAGAGUUAAAACAGUUAAAUAUUUUAAAGGUUUAAUGCAUGUACAUAAUAAACUAGUGGAGCCACUGCUUAGCAUGAAGAAGAACUGA